GAGCGAGCGAGAGAGAGAGGGCGGCUACGGCGGCCGAGGAGGCUCCUAAGGGCCCAGAAGGCGAAGCUCGGCCUGGCUCAUGGCGGCUCACCUGAAGAAGCGGGUCUACGAGGAGUUCAGCAAAGUGGUGGUCCAGCAACAACAGCAUGAAGAAGUUUCGGCUAAAAAACUCCGGCUAACCAAACCCAGCAAAUCUGCCGCCCUUCACGUAGAUCUUUGCAAAGCCACUUCGCCAGCCGAUGCGUUGCAAUACCUGCUUCAGUUUGCCAGGAAACCCGUGGAGGCUGAAAGUGUGGAAGGCGUUGUGCGAAUCUUGCUGGAACAUUAUUACAAGGAAACCGAUCCCUCCGUGAGAUUGAAAAUUGCUUCCUUGCUGGGCCUGUUGUCAAAAACUCCUGGCUUUUCUCCUGACUGCAUUCUGGAUGAUGUCAUUAACACUCUCCAAACUGAAAAAUCCCACCAAGUUCUGGCUCAGCUUUUGGAUACCUUGCUGGUGAUUGGGAAGAAGCUUCAAGAGAACCCUUCAGUGCGGGGACAUCUCGUAGACGUGGCUUGCAAGCAUCUGACGGAUUCCUCGCACGGUGUAAGGAACAAAUGCCUGCUCCUGAUUGGCUGCCUGGGGACAGUGGAGAAAGGUGACAGCUCGAAGGAAGUGGAACGCCAGUCUCCCAAAGAUGUGCAGAAGAUCAUCGGGGAUCACUUCAGCGACCAGGAUCCACGAGUGAGGACUGCAGCUAUCAAAGCUAUGUUGCAGCUCCACGAAAGGGGAUUAAAGUUGCAGCAAGCCAUUUAUAACCAGGCUUGCAAACUCUUAAUGGAUGAUUACGAACAGGUCCGGAGCGUCGCGGUGCAACUCACUUGGGUCCUUAGCCAGCUUUACACAGAAAGCAUUGUCCCCAUCCCAUCUUCCAACGAAGAAAUCCGGCUGGUGGACGAUGCUUUCGGGAAGAUCUGUCACAUGGUCAGCGACGGCUCUUGGGUUGUGAGAGUCCAGGCUGCUAAGCUAUUGGGGUCUAUGCAGCAAGUUAGUUCUCAUUUUUUAGAACAGACCUUGGACAAGAAGCUGAUGUCAGAUUUGAGGCGCAAACGCACCGCCCACGAACGGGCUAAAGAGCUGUACAGUUCCGGGGAGUUCUCUAGUGGCAGGAAAUGGGGGGACGACGCCCCGAAAGAAGAAAUAGACACGGGAGCCGUGAACCUCAUUGAAUCGGGAGCCUGUGGAGCUUUUGUCCACGGCCUGGAAGACGAGAUGUACGAGGUCCGGAUUGCGGCCGUGGAAGCCCUCUGCAUGCUGGCCCAGUCUUCGCCCUCUUUUGCCGAGAAGUGCCUCGAUUUCCUGGUCGACAUGUUUAACGACGAGAUCGAGGAAGUGAGGCUGCGGUCGAUCCACACCAUGAGGAAGAUUUCCAACAACAUCGCUCUGCGGGAGGAUCAGCUGGACACGGUGCUGGGCGUCUUGGAGGACUCCUCCCGAGAUAUCAGGGAAGCCCUGCACGAGCUUCUGUGCUGUACCAACGUCUCGACCAAGGAAGGCAUCCAUCUUGCCUUGGCGGAGCUGCUGAAAAACCUCGCCAAGUACCCGACGGACAGGGACUCUAUCUGGAAGUGCUUAAAAUUUCUGGGAGGCAGGCACCCCACUCUGGUGCUCCCACUCGUCCCUGAAUUGUUGGGGACCCACCCUUUCUUCGACACCCCAGAACCAGACAUGGAUGAUCCGGCUUAUAUCGCGGUCUUGGUUCUUAUUUUCAACGCUGCCAAAUCCUGCCCAACGAUGCCGGCGCUCUUCUCGGACCACACCUUCCGGCACUACGCCUACCUUCGGGAUAGUCUCUGGCACCUUGUGCCGCCUUUGCGGCUGCCUGGGAAAAAGAUAGCCUCUUCUUCCGGCCCUGCCAGCCUCACCCUUCAAGAAGAUCCUUCUCAGGAAUUUCUACAGCAGAGCCUCGAAAGAGUUUUCAGUCUUCAGCAUCUGGAUCCACAGGGCACUCAGGAGCUGCUGGAAUUCACCAUUCGGGACCUCCAGAGGUUUGGAGAAUUGCAGUCCGACUUAGCUGGCAUGGCUGACUUCUCUGCCGCUUACCUACGCUGCCAGCUCCUUCUCAUUAAGGCUCUGCAGGAAAAACUCUGGAACGUCGCAGCUCCCCUUUACGUGAAACAGAACGCUCUGGCCUUAGCUGCAGCUCGGCAGAUUAUGGAAGAAACAUACAAGAUGGAGUUCAUGUACAGCAACGUGGAGCAUCGGCAAGUGGUCAUCAUCCACCAUAUGAGGCUGCAGGCCAAGGCCCUGCAGUUGAUUGUGACCGUGCGGACAACGAGAGGGGUGGAACCGCUCGGGAUAUGCGAGAAAUUUUUGCAGGAAGUGGACUCUUUUCAAAGGUGUUUUAUUUCUGAGCUGCCUCAGAUGCAGGGCAGCUUUGUGGAUAAGCUUCUUGACCUGAUGCCCAGGUUGGUCACCUCCAAGCCUUCAGAGGUAGUGAAGAUCCUCCGGGUGACCUUGAGACAGAGUAAUUUCCUUCGCCUUCCAUUGCCAGAGAAGGUCCACCGAGCAACUGCCACCAUUAUUGAACCCACGGGAGAGUCCGACAAUCCCCUGCGCUUCACGUCAGGGUUAGUUGUUGCUCUGGAUGUGGACGCCACUCUGGAACACGUGCAAGAUCCACAAAGCACAGUGAAAGUUCAGAUUAUGUAUCCUGAUGGCCAGUCCCAGGUGAUCCACCCGAAACCGGCAGAUUUUAGAAACCCUGGUCCAGGAAGGCACCGGUUAAUUACUCAGGUUUAUCUCUCACAUACUGCCUGGACAGAACCUUGUCAAAUCGAACUCCGUCUUCUACUGGCCUACAGUUCGGACAGAACCAAAGCCUCCGUAGGCCUCUCGCGGUCCGCCUGGGGAGACAGCACGGAUCUCCUGCCCCCAUCCGAGGGCAGCAUCGAAGGGACUCUCCUGUUCGGCAAACCGGUCAAAGUUUAUAUUAUGCCCAAGCCUGCCAGACGGUGAAAGCUGUCGUUGCAAAAUCGUUUUCCUUUUUUUUUUUUUUUUUUUUGGGAGGGGAAGAGAUUUCAGAAGUUGGUAGGACUUCCGUAAAGACCAUCGAAGUGGACGAGGCAGACGGGACAAGUUAAAACUCGGCUCUCUUCUCUGCUUGCGGAACUGCUGGAAAGGGAAGCGGUCAAAGAAGUUGCUACUCGGACUUCGCUACGGUGGUUUACUCCGUCGCUCGGCAGCCUCCUUAAAUGCAAAAUGGUUUUGGUCCAGCUUGCCCAGCCAAGAGUUCUGCAGUCCAAAACAUCUGGAGGGGGAGGGGGUGUCUGGUUGGGAAAAUCUGGAUCUCGGUCACUCUCCUUUGGCCUUUCUUUAAACUUACGACCUAUUCAGAAAGUAAGUCCUAGCUUGAUUUUUUACACGGGGAUCCAAUAUAAGCCCUACCCCCAAAAUAAGCCCUAAUUAAGACCCCGCCCACUCCAGGGUGCACAGGUAAAAAUUAAGCUAGGGUGGGGAAUGGGGUCUGCGUGGAGCUGCCCUGCUAUAAUUACCUUGGGACACUUGCAGCCAGUCUUUGCACACCUCGGCCCAUUUUUUUCUGCAGCCGGCAAGGCUUUUCCGAAGGUUUCUGUAGCCGAUAACAAGAGCUUCGGAUCGAUCCGGAGCUCUGUUAUCGGCUGCAGAGGCCUUCGGGAAAGAAGAGUUCCGAUAGCGUAAAAGAGGUUGGGGGCGACACACACAAAUGAGGUGAGUGAGUGGACAACACCUCCCGCCCCGAAAAUAAGACCUGGUGCUAUUUUUGGUGGUUAAAAAAAAAUAUGAGACAGGGUCUUAUUUUCGGGGGAAACACGGUAGGAUGGUGGACAGUGUUUCUUUUAGCAACUUUUUUUUUACACGGUGGUGAAAUGAGGGACAAAACCAUCAAAAUUUCUCAUCUCAAUCUUUUAAGAAGUUGGUGGACUUGAUGCGAAGAUCCCAGUUGACAUGUUGAGAUACAGAAAAACCGUUCUGGCAUCUGGACUGGUCUCCGAAUGUACCAUUUUAUCUCGGGUUAUGUGGGGCCAGUGGAAUAAAUGGGAAGAGACGUUGUGUGCGAUUCUCUUUUUGAGACGGAAACUUCUCCCGGGCAAAGAUGCUUUCAGGUGAUCUUGUGGUUUCGUUUUCACACAACUUGGGAACCCAUCAUUUAAUAUUUUUUGACAUUUAUUAAAAUAGCACUGUGCCUCC